UAUUCUGCCAUAGGUUCCGCGGAGAUCAUUUCCAGCUUGAUGUGAAAAUACAGUAGUACCCCUUUCAGCUGAGAGCCCCCCAUUUCCAGAUUUCUGCAGACGGAAAAACAACUUUCAUAAACUCCACCAUUUUCGCUUCUUCCACAUUCUUCGUCCAAUCAAAAUCAUCUAUAUUCCUACAAUUUCAAUCUCUUAUCCGAGAUUCAAGAAUCGUUGCACUCACUUGUGGAAAAAAAAAAAAAGAAAGAAUUUUGAUUUUUACUUUUAUUUUUUAUCAUGAUUGAAACAUUGAUUCCAUUGUCGUUCGGCGAUUUCCCGGACGACGUGCAGCUCUGCGUGCUGUCGUUCCUCCGCCCCGCCGACCUAGCGGCGUUCGCCUGCACCUGCAAGCGUUUCGACGCCCUCUACCGCCACGACCAGCGCCUCUGGUUCUCCCUCUGCCACCGCCGAUGGGGGUCCAAAACCCUAAUCAACAAAUGGGGCGGCGGCAAGAUCUCCUACAAGCACCUCUACCGCGUCCUCCACGAGUACGACACCCUCAUCGGCUUCUGGCGCCGCUGCGGCGACGCCGCUGCAUCGGCGCCGCCGCUCGUGUUCUUCGAGUGGGGACCUUUCUACAUCACCGGUUCUAGGGUUUCGCCGUCGAAGAACAGGGGGUACGGAGUGAUCAAGAAGCCCUAUUUAUGGAUGAGCAUUGCGCCGAGUGGGGAGAUGAUUAACUACCUGGAUCCGGACGGGAAGGCGGAGCUGACUGCGGAGGAUUUGAUGGCGGAAUCGGGGGUUGUGGAGAGUGAGUUGAUUCAGGUGAAUGUGAAUUUCAUUGGGGAUUGCCAUGUGGUGGUGGAGGAGAAUUUGGGGGUCAGUACCAAUGGUUCUGCAACGGAUCCGAGCUCGCCGGAUUUGAGAGGUGAAGAGUGUGAUAACGUUUAUGGGUCGCCGCCUGACAGGCUGAUGACAGAGAUUUAUCAGUGUCUGGCGAAUAGGACGAGCCCCGGCGGCAAUGGAUCGUCGAGGCGGCAGAGGAGGAGGGAGAAGGAGAAGCAGAAGCAGGGGAGGAUGAGGAAGUGGGACCCUGAGCAUUUUGUCAAGAUUGUCAAUUGCUCACCCAAACCUUCCCGCCCAUUGCAGGGCCUAUGGAAGGGUAUUUGUGAUGACAUGAGCUUGGAUUUCUAUCUAGUGAGCUACGAUGAUGUUGGGGGUAUAGCUUGCAGGAAGGUCGGGGAUUCCUAUAGACCUCUGACUUAUCAUGCCCCAAUAUUCUGGACCUCAAGUUUGACAUUCUUCGAGUCUCCUCUUUCUCCUGAAGAGGACGACAUAUACCAUUGCCGGUCGCAUCUUAGGCCAGCAGCAGAAGCAGAUGAAAGCCAUGAUCAUAUUUCAGCUUCAGAUAAUGGAGUUGUCUCUCACAUGCUUUACAUCAACUCAAGCUAUGACUUGGUUAUUCCAGACUUAGUCGGGACUACAGUAAAUCCUAGGCGGGUCGAAGGGAGGAUCUGGCAGUACAGAAACGGCACAUUCGGGUUUGGUUUCCUACGAGACAAUUACAUUAUUGACCUCAAGCAUAUUGCCGUAAAUGGUCACCUUCUUGAUACAGUCGAACCUAGCAAUGGUUGAUGAGACCUCCAUUUCAGCUAAAACAAAUAAAUAGUAGGAUAAUUUCCUAUGAGUUAGUUAAAUAGAAUACGGGGGUUUCCUUCCUUCUUAGGAAUUCCUUUGUACAUUAGUGUACUCGAUCAGGUUGUUGAAUUGCUUAUCAUCAUUCAAUUAUUUAUUAAAUCGUUCCAUCUGUAUA